AUGUCGAAUAACACACAAUCAUCUACGCCGAGUCGUUGCGGACGUCCGCAAUCGAUAUCGUACGCCGAUCUCAUGAAACCUGAUGAGGACUGGAGGAACCUCCCCGAUGCUGCAGAGAGGAGGAAGAUCCAGAACCGUCUUGCACAGAGAGCAUACCGCCGAAACAUGCGUGACAGAACGAAAGAGGUUGAACGUCUCAAGAAACAAUUGCAGAAGUUGCAAGAAGCACAGGAACCUUCAAACUCUGACGCCGCUUCCACCACAUCUUCAAACGCAGACAAUUCGGCAAGGGAAUCUUCUGCCUCUGGUCGGAGUACACCAGCCAACCCCGAUAGGGCUUUCUCAGCUGACCUCGCCUCUCCGCCCCCCUCGAUAACAACUUCUGGGCCGGAAUGGAUGGGAGGAUAUUACCCAGUAUGGUCACAGAACACUCCUCACGAGGACGACCUGCGCGGUCUCGGACUCACUACCGAUGGAGAGCAUCCGAUGAGCUUCGAGCCCGAGUCCUACUUUCCUUCCUUGAGCGGCGCCGACGAAUUCAUGGCUUCUUCACCUGGAGCUCUCAGAAAUCGGGCUGUAUCAACGUCCAAUGUUCAUAUCUCGUCGUCACAGCUCCACAACCAGCAUCUAAGAAGCAGCAGCAAUCCGCCCCUGUUUACCAGAUGCGAUAGCCCAUCCUCGUCGUGGUCGAACGCUUCCAGAAGCGAGCGGUCCGACUCACUUCAAGUACCGGGCAUGUCUCCAUCCCCGGCACAAUUUAUGCUCGAUCACCACAACAGCCAAAACUCUUUACUGGCGCUUUCUCCCGCCGCUUUUCAUUUGUAUACCAACCCGGAGGAUCUCACUCUUCCAAUCCCUGACAACACUUUCUCGCUUGACGAUAUGACGCCCACAGCCGCUUAUCCGACCCCUCCCGAGUCGAACCCAAGCGCUUCUUGGUCAAUGUUUGAUGUAAAACCACAACCCGGCAGCCGCAGCCCGCCGGGGACAACUGGUGCACCUCUACUACAUCUCGCAGUCGAGUCUGGUCAAUUCGACACACUUAGACUCCUCUUGCAGCGAUACGACAUAUCAAUCAAUGCCAAGGACAACUCUGGAUACACGGCACUACAACGCGCCGUGAUCUUGGGCCGCACCGACAUGGUCUCGGUGCUCUUGGAGCACGGCGCCGAUAUAAGCGGCAGCCAAGGCUUGUCCCUCCGGCCCGAAGGGAACGCAUGA